CCGGAGUGAAAAAGCUUGGGAACCCCAGAGCUAGGCUAUAGGAGCUGUUCUGACUCGAACCAGCCGUGACAAAAGCUUUGAAACGUCAAGGAGGCGAGGAGGCACAGUUGGAGAAGAAAGGGACAACACCAAGGCUCUGGAAAUAAAUGUAUAAACAUGAUCUAUUUUCUAUCGUGCUACAUUUCAGGGGAUGGGAGGACACUAAUCAUCUGUAAUGCUGUUAUAUGAGAGAACGAAACGGGUCGGAAACGGGAACGAGGCGGGUGAAUCAGGCACGCAAAAAGAGGACUGUCUAUGUGCCUUGAGCUCUGACGGAAAAAGCCAGUUGCCCCGAAACGGGAUUUCUCAAAGUGGGAUGCUGAUAACAUGAUCCUUGCUUGCCGAUUCGAGACAGAAGUUGGCGCUCACACAUUAGUGCCUCAAUGAAUAGGCUACGUAAGAAUGAGAGGAUGGUCGAAGCUACUGUACAUUUGAAGCGUUGAGUGUCUGAAGUCUGAACUUUAUAACUCUGAGCGACUUUAGAACUCUCGUCACAGCAAACUGGGGUAAUAUUGAGAAUGUGGAGGUCCUGCUGGACAGCGUGUAUCUCGUGGACUUUAUUCAUCUGCAUUGUCAGAAGUUAUGCACAGGAAAGACAGGGUUACCUGAUUGCUGCUCCCUCAGUUUUCCGCGCUGGCGUGGAGGAGGCCCUGAGCAUUACCAUCUUCAAUGCUGUGGAGGAGACGCAUGUCCAAGUCCAGCUCUCUGUGAAGGGUGAGACGGUGGCACACAGCCAUGGCACUGUGCUAGACAAAGGUACAAUCAAAUUAAAGGUCCCUCCUGGUCUGAGAGGUCAGGCCCAUCUGAAGGUGUGGGGGAAUCGACACAUUACUGAGGGGGGAUAUAUCUUCCACAACUACACCACUGUCACUGUGGACAGCAAGGGCACAGCCGUCUUCAUCCAGACUGAUAAGCCAGUCUACAAGCCCAAACACAAAGUGCUCAUCAACGUGUACUCUGUCACUCCGGAUCUGAGGCCGGCCAAUGACAAGAUUGAAGCCUACGUUGUGGACCCAAGAGGAUCGCGGAUGGUCCAGUGGAAAGGGCUUAAACCCCUCUGCUGCGGGGUCGUCAACAUGAGUUUCCCUCUCUCAGACCAGCCUGUGUUUGGAGAGUGGUUAAUCUUUGUAGAGAUGCAGGGACACACCUACAACAAGUCCUUUGAAGUGCAGAAGUAUAUGAUGCCCAAGUUUGAGCUGGUGAUAGACCCUCCACAGUACAUCCAGGACCUCAACAUGUGUGAACAGGCCACUGUGAGGGCCAGAUAUAUCUUUGGGAAGCCAGUGACCGGGAAGAUGACAGUGAACAUGACAGUGAAUGGAGUUGGAUACUACCGGCAUGAGGUGGGCCAUCCUGUGGUCAAGACCAUGGAGAUCAAAGGCUCAGCGACCUUCAGCCUGUGUGUCAAAGACAUGAUGCCCCUAGAUGUGGCUGAUCAUUUCCGGGGCACGGUGAACAUGUGGGUGUCAGUGACCAGCAAGGACGGAGGGCGACAAACCAUGUUCGAUGAUUCAACCCCAGUUCACAAGCAGCUUAUCGACAUCAAAUACUCAAAGGACACUCGCAAACAGUUCAAGCCUGGUCUGCCCUACAAGGGAAAGGUAGAGGUAACUUACCCUGACGGUAGCCCAGCAGAUGGGGUGCGGGUGCGUGUGAAGGCGGAGCUGACCCCUAAGGACAACGUGUACACCAGCGAGCUGACUUCCAGGGAUGGCCGGGCCACGUUUGAGAUCCCCUCCAUUCCCAACUCUGCCCAGUACGUCUGGCUGGAGACCAAGGUGACAGCCAUAGAUGGCCGUCCGGCUGGAGACCAGUACCUCCCCAGCUACCUGUCCAUCAGCAGCUGGUACUCCCCCAGCAAGUGUCACAUUCAGAUCCAGAGCCUCAGCGCUCCUCUCAAGAUCGAUCAAGAGGCUGAGGUCACUUUGAAGUCCACCUGUCCCUGUAACUUCACCCUCCACUAUGAGAUCGCCUCCAGAGGAAACAUUGUCCAGUCCGGCCAGCAGCAGCCCAACGCUACAGCCCACAGAAGCAAGAGGGCAGCGGUCACCUUUGACAAGAACAUCCACACCACCAUGCCACCCAGUGGCUCUGGUCCGGCAGCCUCCUCCCCACAGGGUGAGACAGACAGCUGUAUGGUGGUGCUGCGUUUCCCAGUGACCCACUCCAUGGCGCCCCUCAGCCGCCUCCUGGUCUACUAUGUGAAGGAGAAUGGAGAGGGCGUCACUGACAGUCUACAGAUCCCUGUACAGCCCAGCUUUGAGAACCAGGUGUCUGUCUCUCUAUCUACCAAUGAGUCGAUGCCAGGUGACCCUAUCAGUAUGCGUGUCACUGGUGAGAAGGGCUCCUGCGUGUGUGUUGCCACUGUGGACAAGAGCCUCUACCUUCUCAAGCCAGACUUCCAGCUCAGUCCAGACAAGGUGUUUAAAGAACUGGCAGACUUUGAUGUGUCCGAUGCCUUCGGAGUCCCCAAAGACGACGGGCACUUCUGGUGGCCGGGGCUGUCGUCUAGCCGACGGAGGCGUUCUUCAGUGUUCCCCUGGCACUGGGACAUCACUAAAGAUGCCCGCUUCGCCUUCACGGAGACUGGUCUCGUGGUGAUGACUGACAUGGUGACCCUGAACCACAGACAGACUGGAGGAAUGUACACAGACGAGGCCGUUCCUGCCUUUCAGCCUCACACAUCCACACUGGUGGCAGCCAUGCACUCGCGCACUGUGCCCAGAGCUGAGAAGCGCAGGCGGACAUUCUUCCCGGAGACGUGGGUGUGGCACUGCGUCAAUGUCAGUGAUGUCACCGGCGAAGCUGAGUUACGAUUGGACGUUCCAGACUCCAUUACCACCUGGGUGACAGAGGCCAUUGGCUUGUCAGAGGAGAAGGGGCUGGGCCUUGCCAAGAGGGCGGAGCUUCGUACCUUCAAGCCCUUCUUCGUAGACUUCACCCUCCCCUACGGUGUGAUACGUGGGGAGCAGACCAAAGUACCGCUGACUGUUUACAACUACCUGUCUACCUGCGCAGAGGUCUAUGUCAAAGUCACCAUUCCCAAAGGCAUCAAGUUUGUGGGUCACCCCGGGAAGCAUCACCUGACCAGGAAGAAAUGUGUGGCUCCUGGAGAGGCCACACCCACAUCCAUAGUGCUGUCCUUCACUGAGCUGGGCGCAGCUAACAUCACAGCACGGGCCAUUGCCUAUAGUGAGCCGGGCUGCUGCUUAGAUGGACUCCAGUCAACUAAAACAGGCAAAAACAUAGAUGACCCGGAGGACCGGAGGACCCCCAUUGGCCUUGACUAUGUGCGAAGGAGUGUCCUGGUGGAGCCAGAGGGCCUGCCCAGACAGUACACCUACAGUGUCUUCUUCUGCCCCAACGAGCGAAUCCACAUCUCCACACCCAACAAGUAUGAGUACCAGUACGUGAAGAAGCCGGCCAAGAUGACCCACUUUGAGGUGGCAGUGAAGACCCACAACGAUGCCCAUUUUGCCCUCUCACCCAGCCCCCACGACUGUGCUGAGAUGCUGGAGAUUGUGCUGGGGGGCAGACAGAACACCCGCUCCUGGAUCUCCCUGGGCAAGAUGGGUGAACCAGUGGUCAGCUCCCCCACCCCGGGCAUCCUCUCCUGGGAUGAGUUCCGCAGCUUCUGGGUCAGCUGGAAGGGUGGCGUGGUGCAGGUCGGACAUGGUUUGCAGCCAUCCAAUGAGUCGGUGAUCCUACAGUGGUCUGGCCCCCUCCCUGGCCAGGUGCGUCACAUAGGUUUCUCCACGGGCUGGGGCUCGGUGGGUGAGUUUAAGAUCUGGAGGAAGGAGGACACUGAUGAGAACCACAACGAGGCCUUCACCCUGGGCGUCCCUCACAACGUGGUGCCUGGCUCUGAGACCGCCACUGCCUCCAUGAUAGGAGACGUGAUGGGCCCCACCCUCAACAACCUGGACAAGCUGCUGCGGCUGCCCUUCGGCUGUGGAGAGCAGAACAUGAUCCACUUCGCCCCCAAUGUUUUUGUCCUCAAGUACCUGCAGAAGACCAGGCAGCUCAGCCCUGAGGUGGAGGCUGAGGCCACAGACUACUUGCUGCAAGGGUACCAGAGACAGCUGACCUAUAAGCGCCAGGAUGGAUCCUACAGUGCCUUUGGAGAGAGGGACUCCUCUGGAAGCAUGUGGCUGACAGCGUUUGUGUUGAAAUCCUUUGCUCAGUCUCGUGGGUUCAUCUUCAUUGACCCAGAGGAGCUACAAGCUGCCAAGGCCUGGCUCAUCAACCACCAGAGAGAGGAGGGAUCCUUCCCCGCCAUGGGACGCAUCCUCAACAAAGACUUGCAGGGAGGAAUCCAUGGAAAGAUCUCGUUGACAGCAUACGUGGUUGCAGCCCUCCUGGAGACAGGAAUAACUUCAGAGGAGGAGAAGACUACUGUGGCCAAGGCAAAGGGUUUCCUGGAGAGUAACACAUACACAGCUGAUGACCCGUACACCACAGCCCUGUCUGCCUACGCCCUGGCCCUGUUACGAAGCCCCUACGCCACCCUCGCCCUUCGACGCCUCAACCACAUGGCCAUCACACAAGACGGCUUUACCCACUGGAGUCUGACUGGCAGCACGGUGACAGAUGAGGCCACCUUCAUGGGCUUUAGUGACGGUCUUUCUCAGUCAGUGGUGUCAGCGGAGGUGGAGAUGACAGCAUACGGUCUGCUGACCUACACCCUGCUGGGUGACGUGGCCUCCGCCCUGCCUGUGGUCAAGUGGCUCUCCCAGCAGAGGAACGCCCUCGGGGGCUUCUCCUCCACACAGGACACGUGUGUAGCUCUUCAGGCGUUGUCUGAGUAUGCCAUCCUGUCGUACGUGGGAGGAGUUAACCUGACCAUCUCUCUGGCCUCUACCAACCUGGACUUCCAGGAGAGCUUUGAACUGCACCGCGACAACCAAAAGAUGCUGCAGAGCGCCUCGAUCCCCAGUAUUCCCACAGGGCUGUUUGUCAGUGCUAAAGGCGAGGGCUGCUGUCUAAUGCAGAUUGAUGUAUCCUACAACGUGCCUGAUCCCUUGGUCAAGCCAGCCUUCCAGCUCAAGGUGGACCUGAAAGAACCUCGGCAGGAGCGGCACCCGCCAGCACCACCCUCCCCCCGCCACCCUAGUCCUCGCUCCCGUUCCCGUGCCGACAACCGCUCAGAGCUGAGCCGCAAACGCCGGGCAGCCACUGAUGAUGAAGACCCCGCAGCUCACCAAGACAACCUGGACUACCGCAUCACCCUGGAAGCCUGCGCCAGGUGGCUCCACUCAGGUUCUUCCAACAUGGCUGUCUUGGAGGUCCCUCUGCUCUCAGGUUUCCGUUCCGAUGUGGAAAGCUUGGAGAGGCUGCUAAUGGACAAGAGGGUUGGUCUGAAGAGGUACGAAGUGGACGGAAGGAAGGUCCUCUUCUACUUUGAUGAGAUCUCCAGUCAGUGUAUGACGUGUGUGGCCUUCCAGGCUGUCAGGCAGUACAUAGUGGGCAAGACAGCGCCUGUUCCAGUCAAGGUGUACGACUACUACGAACCAGCAUUUGAGGCCACCCGCUUUUACAACGUGAGCGAGAGCAGUCCACUAGCCCGCGAGCUGUGUGAUGGCACCACGUGCAACGAGGUGGAGAGCUCAACCAACCAGUGGAUAGGCUUUGUCCAGGGAAACCAAUGUAACAAGGUGUUUGGCUGUCUGGAGGAGAAGUUUGAGCGUUGCACCUGCUACAGGGACUGUGGCUAUGACGGGGAGCCGGUGUGUGGCUCAGACGGACAUCUCUACCAGAACCAGUGUCAGAUGGAGGUCUUCGCCUGCCGCAACGGGACCCGCAUAGAACAAGUGCCCAUGUCCCAGUGUCCUCAGACGGAAUCCACCACGGAGGACAGAGAGACUGCAACAGGCGAGGAACCAGGGCAAGCUCCUGUGCCUGUACACAAAGGUGAAGAAGAGCAGGGUUCCAUGGCUGAGGUGUCCUACUACUCCUAUGAGUAUGACCCAGACUCAGAACCCUUCGCUGCGGAGGGGGUGGACCACUUUGAGCUGGCGGAAGGGGAGCAGGGGGGAGAGCAGGACAGUCCAUCAGAUAGCCAGCUACCCACACUGGACACAAAGGACACCCAUGAGCGAUGAAACUUCCCCUGACUGCAUCACCAGCCAGAUCUCCAAAUUGUACAUUGUUUGUUAAUAUGUUAGAGUGGGUGGAGAGAGAAGGAAACAUGGGGACUGCCCAUCCAGAAAGGAAGAGAUGGUGGGAUGUGUGUGUGUGCGCGCAUAUGAAUGACUAAAGGACUACGUGUGUGCGUGUGUGUGCGUGUGUGUGCGUGUGUGUGUGUGUGACUAUGCUAGUCCCCCUCCAGCCCUAUGUAUUUCUCUCUUUUAUAUCUCCAGUCUCUUAUUCAACAGUAGACACCAUAGCGUCUUUGAUAUUCACUGUAGUGCCUUUACAUUGUUUUUCUGUAACCUCUAGAUGGAGGUGUAAUUACACCUGAGUUAAAACAAAUGUUUUUUGUUUUUUUUCUAUCUGUGGUAUUUAUUUGUAGCUAGUGCUUUUUUGGUUUAUUUGUUCCAAUGCCUCCCCCUAUUGCCUUUUUGUCCUGUCACCUACACCAAUGUCUUCAUUUAAUUCAUCAAACAUAUGUCAAGAUGUCAUGGACCUAUUUUUCUUAUUCUGAGGAAGCCUUAGGUCGAACACUGAGAUGUACAGUGGAUAUCUUUAUGUACUUAUUUGGUGUGUUAACCUACUAGAGACGGAAUUUCUGCAGCAUUAAACUGGAGGAUUAAGAUAAGCUCAAUUCUUCUAAACAUUUUUACCAAGCUACCAAUAUCUCCACAUAAUAAGUCCUAUUUGGGUAUAGCUGUCACCUUACUGUUGAACAGACAGGGAUUUGAUUGUACAGUACAUAAGCUAUUUUGUUUUUUAAAAUUUUGAUUAUUGAUAUCCUAAAACAAGAAUAAAGGUUUGGAACUAUGGUACAUUUACCAUUUAAACCAAUGUAACCCCACAUCCAUUUUCAAUACAGCUGCUUUUGAAAAACAAGAGAAUAAACUUUGUAUACAA